AUGAACACUGCUGUGGCGGCGUUACCACUGCCAGUAGACACGUCGCCAUCUGUGGUGAACAUGUAUAGAAUCAAGAAAGUUGCGGAGCGUUUGACUUUGCUUGCUCAACCUGGUAGCCGAGUGGAGUCUAGCGAAUUUUACAACCUCUGUCUGACCCUAGCUCGAGGCAUCGAUUAUGCACUUGCCAAUGGAGAAAUUCCAGGCAAUGUUCAGGACCUACCGUUGUUGAUGAAGCAGGUUUGUCAACUAAAGAUUGAUGAACUUUCACAAGCCGCAAUGAUGGUGUUGAUGGUAUCUAUAAAGGGUGCCUGUGAAAUUGGAUGGUUCCAAACAAAAGAUUCGGAAGAACUUCUUACUAUUGUGGAUGAGCCGGGAUAUGGAGCUUCUGUGGUCGAUUUUCAUAUUACCAAGAGUGAACAAAGUCCUAAAGACAAAAUUUUUUUAUUGGUGGCACAGAUAGAUAACAUUGAGACAUCGGCAUGCCUCAUAAGUCCUCAGCAAGUGAAUUUUCUCCUGAAUGGAAAAGGAAUAAUCUAUAGAACUAAUCUUCAUAUGGAUCCUGGACCGCAAAUGCCAACUGAUGUGACUGGUAUGCUUAAAUUUGGUACAAAUCUUCUUCAAGCUGUGGGCCAGUUCAAUGGUCGUUACAUUGUACUUGUUUCCUAUAUGAGUUUUACACCCUUGGAUGAGUAUCCAGUUCUUCAAGAUUAUCUCCAGCCUGCUGUUACCUCUUCUGAUUCUGCUUUGCACGUAUCAAGAUUCCUGUUAAAGGGCGUUCAUGCAAACAUUUCCAGGCCAUCCUGGCGCUGUCCUCAUUGCAAUCAGUAUGUCUGUUAUGCUGAUAUUCGUCUUGACCGAAACAUGGUUGAGAUCCUGAGAAAUGUUGGUGAGAACGUUACGGAAGUGAAUGUCCUUGCUGAUGGAUCGUGGAAGGCAGUACUGGAAAAGGAUCAUGAUGUAGAUAAGAUGCAAAAGAAGGCCCCCAACUGUGAAAAGGAUCAAACUGAACUACGAGAGUAUACUUGCUCACCUGGGACUGUUGACCUCACGGAUGAUGAUGAUCAUUUGGAGACAAUGGACUCUUCUUCAAUUGUAGAUACAAAACCUUUCCAGGCAUCUGUUCAAAGUCAGUCUGUUGCCCCAAAUUCAUCUUCCUUGGGUAUGAACUCUCCUGGUGUUCCUCGAAAUGUUGCUGCUCAAAUAGAUGACUUUUUGUCUGGGAUUUGUAGUGCCCGUAGUAGGUCUGAUGUCCCAAUGGUUGGUACCUCAGAGCCUCCUGGUCUGCCUGAUACCGUUUCUCCAGCAUUUAAUCAGGACUCUGGUGGCCGUGACAAUAGCCCUGUUGUUAACUCUGCCAUGCAUAAUCAAUUUUCGGCACCGAACAAUUUGCAGAUGCAGAUGAAUCAUAUGAAUUCAGUUAACGAGUAUGGUAGGUCAUCCUCAGUGCCAAGACAUAUUCAUAGAGCUCCAGUUGCUGUUCAGGCCCUCCCAGUCCAAUCUCAGGCAUUGGGACCUCAGCAAAAUCCAUUAACUAGUUUAAAUAAUUCCCUGUUAUCUAGCAAUUCCUCUUCUACUCCUCAUAUUUCGUUGCCCAGCUCUACCACUGUAGAUACUUUGAAUGUCAUACUAAGUGAUACUGAAAGACAGCAACGUUUUUCUCGAUCCCCAAUGAAUAUGCCUCAGGUCUCAGGUGUGAAUUCACCUUCAUUUCGGCAUCACACUGCAUCACAGAGUCGGGUACCAUUAGUGAACACGUCAGCACCAACUAAAAUGCAGAACCACUACAGAUCUAGCUCGUUAUCUGGUUUUAAAAAUCCACACUUGCAACAAGCUCUGAAUUCCCGGCCACCCCAACAGCCUUUAAAUCUACGACCACCGCCACCAACACGACCACCUACUACCCAAUGGUCCCAGCAAGGAGUUUCACAACCUGGGAAUUUUCAAGCGGCAGGUAGGCCUGCUGCACCGGCUGCCAGACAAGGCAUUUCCCAUGCUAGGAAUGUUCCUGCAGCUGGUACCACUACUCAUAGCCAACUACAAGCUAGGGGUUUGACUGCUAAUCAGCCUGCCAGACGGACACCACCACUAGUUUCGGUCCAAAAUCAAAGUAGUGUUGCAGGCACACCUUUUGCAACAGACAGUUUCCAGGGGUUGACAGGAGAUAAAAAAAGAGGAAAUACAGCACAGUCAGUUUCUAGGCCUGAUGAAUUAUUCAGUUCGCAAUCAGAACAGAAUUGGGCUCCCACUGGACGAAUGCGUGGAAGUCUAGAUUUAAGUCAGCCUUACGAUGAGUCUAUUGCGCAGCGAAUAAUUACGCCAACACAAACUCAAAGUUCAAGGCCACCCGCUCCACAACCUCUCCGACGGACCAGUGGGUCCACCCAACCGGAUGUUCUCGUUGCAAACCAUAGAAUUGCACAUGCUCAUAAUCGUACUUCCAGUUGA